GUCGACGUCCCUCGCGCGGCGUAAGGAGGCGUUGGCUCAGCUACGGAGGUCUUUUGCAGUCGCCACCGGCCGGCGAACAGGGACACAACACGCACUUAAUCCUCACUUCACACGCACAAAACCGGGCCAGUAUUCGCGUUUACACGCUUUUAUACCAUCACCGGAGGUUUGGACGAUGAUUAAAAACGGACACCACGCAGCUCAGGAGGCUGAAGGAGCCGAAGCGCCUCACCGAGGAGCGGAGAAAAGGAAGAGAGUAGUCCGAGUGUGGUGUGACGGCUGCUAUGACAUGGUGCAUUACGGUCACUCUAACCAGCUGCGGCAGGCGAAGGCGAUGGGCGAUUACCUCGUGGUUGGAGUUCACACAGACGGAGAGAUAGCGAAGCACAAGGGCCCACCCGUGUUCACUCAGGAGGAGCGCUAUAAGAUGGUGCGAGCCAUAAAGUGGGUGGAUGAGAUCGUAGAGGGAGCGCCGUACGUCACCACGCUCGAGACGCUCGACAAGUACAACUGUGAUUUCUGCGUGCACGGAGAUGACAUCACGCUAACGGUGGAUGGAAAGGACACGUAUGAGGAGGUGAAACGUGCAGAUCGGUACAGGGAAUGCAAACGCACACAGGGUGUGUCCACGACAGACCUGGUGGGCCGCAUGCUGCUGAUGACGAAAGCUCAUCACGCCAACAUGGAUAACUCAGAAUACAAGCAGCAUGCAGAUAACUUUGGAAAGGGUCCUAAAGGCCACAGUCCCUGGACCGGCGUGUCUCAGUUCCUCCAGACGUCUCAGAAGAUCAUCCAGUUUGCCUCGGGGAAAGAGCCGCAGCCUGGAGACACCAUCAUUUACGUAGCCGGAGCGUUCGACCUCUUCCACAUCGGUCACCUGGACUUCCUAGAGACGGUGUUCAAGCAAGCCGAGAGACCCUACAUCAUCGUCGGACUGCACUUCGACCAGGAAGUGAACCGCUACAAAGGGAAGAACUACCCAAUUAUGAACAUCCACGAGAGAACUCUGAGUGUGCUGGCUUGUCGGUACGUGUCAGAAGUGGUGAUCGGUGCGCCGUACGCCGUGGGCAAAGACCUCCUGGACCACUUUAAGAUCGAUCUGGUGUGUCACGGAAAAACGGAGGUUUUCCCAGAUAAGGACGGAUCCGACCCCUACGCUGAGCCGAGGAAGCGAGGAAUAUUCCGGACUCUGGACAGCAAGAACGGCCUCACCACCGACGACAUCGUGCAGAGGAUCAUCGCUAACAGGCUGCAGUUUGAGGAGAGAAACCAGAAGAAGGAGGCGAAGGAGAUGGCCGUGAUCGAGGCUCUGAAGCAGAAAGACGACGGAGAGAAAAGCCAAGCUGCUGCUCAGUAACUGAGAAUAACGGCAAAAAAACACACACAAGACUCAACCAAAGGGCUAGAAAACGUUCUCCUUUCUCUUUUCCUGUUCCUUUCCCUGUCGUCUUCUCACUGUCUGUAUGGCGGCGUUUAACGCAUCUCGGUGCCAGUGGUGUCCGUUAGAGGGCGCUGUAGUUUUUCAUUUCAGCUCUGAUAGCUAGAAAAAGCGCAAAGCUUUGAUACUGAUGACGUUCACACUAGCAAGUGACAAGUCGCUCGUGGGGCAUGUGGGCGUGGCCCGGUCAGUGUUAACAGUAGUAGCUAUACGCAGCUUCUAAAGCUAGCUAGCUUAAACACGAAUGAAAAUAACACACUAAUCAGUGUGAAAAUCGGUUGUUUGAUUUACAUUUUAGGCUUCGUUACUAGCUUCGUUCUCCGAUCUGUAGCAAAGCGAGCUAACUGCUCUAGCUACGUACACUCACCAGAGGCGUCAACAAUCUCUGCGACUUCCUUCCUUCAUGUCUCGAUACACAUUUAACGAGAGGUUGUAUAUGACAGGAUAAGAUGAAACCGUGAUUGUAAGUUUUUCAUUUUUGCAUCAAACAGUAAAUGGGAACUAAUUAUCGUGAGCGGGGAACUGAAGAAACGUCGGACCACGCGCGACGUAGGAUUGGUCCGAGGAGUCAUUCGAGACGAUCGUUUGGAUUUGUCGCUUUACAGUGUCAUAGCUGAUUUGCAUAUAGUUUCGUAGAAAAUAAACGGUCGCUUUGUGGCUAGCUAGUGUGAACGUAAUGUUGUUCAAAGCACCCUGCUAUCCCAAAAUGCCUUAACAGUUGCUCCGAAAGUGUAGUGCAAAUUUUUAAUGUUUAAAAAAAAACGUCUUUUGGUCUCUUCUGACGGCGUUGGCUCAUCCUCCUGGCGGAGGAUGGACGGAGAUUAAAUUAUUUAACGCUACCAGUUAAAUGGGUACAAACUUUUAAUCUGAUGUUUAACCUCUCUGUCUGAGAGCUUCGUAAAAACUCCUCAUCAUAUAUAUAUAUAUAUUUUUUUUUCCCGUUUGUUCACUGCAGCAGUUCAGAACACGCACUGUCAUUUUAUUGUAAUCAGUGUCAUGUGGGAGAUGUGUGAACUGUGAACUAAACUGUUUAUUGUGUGUGUGUGUGUGUGCGCGCAUCAG